UUAUAUGAUAAGAUUACUGCUUUGUUUUUUGGGUAUAUCUAUGUCUACUUCCCGGUCUCUUCUUGUGUGCUAAACUUCCAUUAGUUUAUUGGAUUCUUGCGAGUUUAGUUUCUCUAUAACAACUGCGUUCUAAUCCUAAAGUUGAAGCAUCUGGGUGUAAAAAUUUCUUGAUUUUUCAUAGGAUAGUAUUCAUGCGUGUAUUUAAUUCCUUCAAAUCUCGAGUACGAAGAUGAAUUUUCUUUGGUUGCGAAGUAAAUAUGAUACUACAGGGCAAUGCAGAAGAACAAGAUCUGUUAAUUGUUUAUGAAGUUUUUUAGUCAAAUAAAAGAAUGGAAGUUACUGCAUUUCGUUGGGUAUCGUGGUUUGGAGUUUGAAUUGCUGUAUAUAUUGGCAUCUCCAGGUCUUGCAAAAUACACUGCAUAUAUAUCUGAAAUCAUGGGAGUUGCAGAAACAAAAUGUUCUUCAGGUUACGGCAAGCCUCCUUGGGUAUUCAAAGGCAGUGCCUUGUACCAGCUUCACCUUGUGAAAGCAGAAACAGCUCGAACAUUCAUUCCAAAAGAGUUUAGAUUAGUUGAAGCUUUUGGGUAUACUCUUGGAGGGUUUUUUCUUGCCAACUACGAAGAAAGUCCGGCAGGGGCAUUCGAUGAGCUAGUGGUGAUAGCGGGAAUCGUGUGGAACCCUCCAACAUCCUGCGCAUGGGCAGCCAGAGUGCUUGUGAGCAGCAAUGAUGCUUGUGAUCAUGGAAGAAAGGAAGUAGGGCUCCCCAGUCAUGUUGCCAAGUUUUCAAAGAGAAUCGAAGGGAUUCCGAGGCAGCAAACAAGUAAAUUUAAUCGCUUUCUCAGCAUGAUUGGCUUAGAUACUGCAUCCUCUACACCCAAUGGUGGCAUGGAUGUUCAAGUAACUGAGAUCAAUGGUCCUCGUGCAAUAAACAUCUGCGAAAUCAACCUUCCAACUUUUGGCCCAGGGUUCAAACUGGACAAGGGGAUGGGGCCAGCAAUCAAAAUGUCACUACCAAGUUUUAGUGGGCGUACAAUGCAUAAUCCCAACCUUCUGAAGUACUCAUGCAAUAUUGAGUGCAGGGUGCGAACAAUGCAGCCUGCGAAAGUAUCAGGCCCUCGGCAAGCGCCAAAGCAUGACACAGAACCUUUGGGCCACCACAAUUGCCAAUCUGCAGAUUCUAGUAAUGGAAAACUCCUUGAUAAUGGACAGAACCUAAGCAUAUCUGUUAUGUUAUCGAAACCUAUAUUGGCUUUGGAGUUCAGUUGUUUGAAAAUGCACGUUGAAGCCCCAAUUACUGUUUCCCACUGCUCUGAAAGUUCAUGCAGAAAUUCUUUAGGAGUUUCUUGACUAAAUAUGUAUCGUUGCUUUUUUUGUUUUUCUCUUGUAAUUUAGCACCAUAAAAUUUUCGCAAGUUCAAAUUGCCACCAUUUCUUGAUUCUAAGUACUUUCACCUA